CAAUCAAAUUCACUUAAAACAUACAUUGCAAUCUUAGCACACAACCAUGGCAACAACCACAGCUGCUGCCGCCGCUGCAUCCUCAUUCAUCGGGACACGCCUUCCGACCGACGCGUACUCGAACUCGGGACGGGUCCAGGCCCGUUUCGGAUUCGGCGCCAAGAAGCCCAAGAAAACAAAACCCACUUUCUCAACAGACCGCCCGCUCUGGUACCCGGGCGCCAAGGCUCCUGAAUGGCUGGACGGGAGCUUGGUGGGCGACUACGGGUUCGACCCGUUCGGUUUGGGCAAACCCGCGGAGUAUUUGCAGUACGACUACGACGGGUUGGACCAGAAUUUGGCCAAGAACUUGGCGGGUGACAUUAUCGGGACCCGAACAGAAACCGCGGACGUCCAGUCGACGCCGUUUCAGCCUUACACGGAGGUGUUUGGGCUGCAGAGGUUUAGGGAGUGCGAGCUGAUUCAUGGAAGGUGGGCCAUGCUCGCCACGCUCGGUGCUCUCACUGUUGAGUCCCUCACCGGGAUCACAUGGCAAGACGCCGGAAAGGUGGAGCUCAUCGAAGGAUCAUCCUACUUGGGUCAACCACUGCCUUUCUCACUAACCACGUUGAUCUGGAUCGAAGUUCUAGUGAUUGGCUACAUCGAGUUCCAGAGGAACGCCGAGCUCGACCCGGAAAAGAGGUUGUACCCGGGUGGCAAGUUCUUCGACCCGUUGGGUCUUGCUGCUGACCCGGAAAAGAAGGCCACUCUUCAGCUGGCCGAAAUCAAGCACGCCCGCCUCGCCAUGGUUGCGUUCCUGGGGUUUGCCGUGCAAGCCGCCGUCACCGGGAAGGGACCACUUAACAACUGGGCUACCCAUUUGAGUGACCCGCUCCACACCACCAUUAUUGACGCCUUCUCUUCUUAGAGAAGUAUCUUUAUGUGCAUAUCAUGUUUGGUUUUUUAAUCAGUAGACCAUGAUCAUGUACCGUUGGUUAAUCAGCUGAAUCAUGAUAUGUACUGCUUAAGCUUGUAAAGAUUGUGAUGGGAUCAAAGGAUUAGUGUACGCAAUGGCAUGUGAGCUUUUCCUA